UCAGUUGCCGGGUAUCUUUGUUGUGACGAACGUAUUUUAGUGACCGUGAUUCGUACUUUUCUUGCUUCCUUCUCUCCUUUUUUCAGUGUUCUUCCACAACAAAAGCAAUUUAUAGGAUUUUUACCACACGCGCGCCUAAACGUCAAUUGAUUAAACUAAACGAUGCAGACCAACGGUUCUGAAAAUGUCGGUUCCGAAAAUGCAAACGAGAAAACGGGAUGGACGGUCGGAUUAAUAAAUGGAAAAUUUAAGUACCUUACAGCAGAAACUUUUGGAUAUAAAAUUAAUGCAAACGGCUCUAGUUUAAAGAAGAAGCAACUAUGGACUUUAGAAGGCAGCGAACAACAAGUUUACCUUCGGUCUCAUUUAGAUCGUUAUUUGGCAGUGGACCAGUUUGGGAAUGUUACUUGCGAGGCAGAGGAUCCUAACAAUCUUGGUUGUGCAUUUCAAAUUCAACUGGCUACUGAUGGAAGCGGAAGAUGGGCUUUGAAGAAUAUUCAGAGAGGAUAUUUCCUAGGCUCGAGUCAAGAUGAACUUAAAUGUGUGGCCAAAGCUCCAGGAGAAGCUGAGUAUUGGCUUGUGCAUCUUGCAGCUAGACCUCAAGUAAAUUUAAAAUCUGCUGGAAGGAAACGUUUUGCUCAUUUGAGUGCGACGCAAGAUGAAAUUCAUGUGGAUGCACCAGUACCUUGGGGAGAGGAUACCCUCUUUACCUUAGAGUUUCGUCCUAUCUCUAUAGAAGAUAAUGGUCAAGAACAUGUGAAAUCUGAGGGUGGACACUAUGCUCUCCAUACUUGCAAUAAUAAAUAUCUGGCACGCGAUGGAAAACUUUUGGAUUCCUGUACACGAGACUGUCUCUAUGCAGCCGAGUUUCACGCUGGAUUACUUGCGCUCAGAGAUUUGUAUGGAGCAUAUUUGGCGCCUAUUGGAAGCAAGGCUGUCUUAAAAUCACGAUCAACGACAGUAACACGAGACGAAUUAUUCUCUUUGGAGGAAUCGCUACCGCAAGCAUCAUUCGUAGCUGCUCUAAAUCAACGAUACGUUUCCGUGAAACAAGGAGUUGAUGUAACAGCUAAUCAAGAUGAAAUCUCUGGACACGAAACUUUUCAAUUAGAAUUUGAUCGUGUAACUAAAAGGUGGUACGUGCGUACCAUGCAAGAUCGUUAUUGGAGCCUUGAGGCUGGAGGAGGGAUUCAGGCAUCGGAGCAUAAACGUUCGUCCAAUGCUUUGUUCGAUUUGAUUUGGCAAUCGGAGGAUGGUACAGUGGCUUUGCGCGCAAACAAUGGAAAAUUUUUGGCAACUAAACGCUCCGGGCAUCUCUAUGCAAAUGCAGAUUCCGUAAACGGGUCGGAUUCGGAUACUAGCAAAUAUUACUUUUAUUUGAUGAACAGACCCGUUUUGGUUUUGCGUUGUGAACAAGGAUUCGUGGGACCUAAAAGCUCAUCUAGUUCGAAACUAGAAUGCAAUAAAGCUAUCUAUGAGACCAUCAGAGUGGAGAGAUGCGAGCGCGGGAUCGUUAGAUUUAAAGGUCAAAAUGGAAAGUAUUGGCAUGCAGAUAGCGAAGGAGUAAACGUGGAUUCCGAUAUACCAUCCGAUGGUUUUUAUUUGGAAUUACGAGAACCUUCUCGUAUUUGUAUUAAACACGCCGACGGACGAUAUCUUACAGCAGGAAAGAAUGGAGCGCUGCGUUUGGGAGAAACAGAUUACGAAACUGCUACAAAAUGGGAAUUCUAAUCAACAAUGACCAUGUAAAAGCUGUGUUCUUUUCAAACACGUUUCGAAUUCAUUCUGUUUUUAUACAUUUAAAGAAAAAAAAAUAAUAUUUAAAUUUAGCAACGAAAAGGCAAAUAACACGAUUUAAGUAAUUUUAUAAACGACGAUCUAAUGAAAGAUUUUAUAAGGUAUGAAACUAUUAGGAAUGAAAGACAUUACUUAAAAUGAACGUUAGAACGAAAGUAUUCGAUCGGUGUUUUAAAAGAAUAUGGUUAAAAUCCACUGCCCCUUUUUAUAGCUUUGAAUGUAAUCUAAUAUCAUAUUUAUAAGUACAGGAAGAGCUCCUAUCAAGUACUUAAUUAGGAGUACAUUGUCGAAUUGACUUUCCUACGAUUUUUUUUAUAUUACUUUUAACUAAUAACUUUCUUUACUCACGAAAUAUUGUAUAAGACUGAUGAUUGCAGAGUAAUUAGUGGUUAUUACACUGUUCCUUAAGUAAAAAAAGAUUUUAAGAUCGCUUUAUUAUUUCUUCGUGAUUAAGUAAUUGAAUUGUUUUCUUAGUCGUGUAAAUUGGAAUUAUUUUCCACGAAUCUCAUUUUUUUUUUAUUUGGGUCACUUCAUUUUCUCAAUACAUAACGCUCAACUUAUUGGCUGUUUAUCCAUUAACGGCAACAAUCUAUUUAUCAAUUUUUAAUAAUAUUUUAUAAUGCUCAAACAUACGAAAUUUUUCAAAUACACUAUAUUUUUAAUCGAGGUAUAAAUAGUAGUGGAAGUAACGUAGUAAAACGAAAAAUAUUAAUAAUCUGGCCGAUCGUUUGUGUUAAAAAAAAAUUCAGUUUUCUAGUCUUUACAUUAAUUAUUAUUGCUACUCCUAUUCUAUUCCUUGAAUACCUAUGAAAAAUGUUCAUGCACUACACAACAUACUUCCGAGGUAUGUCAAUAAGCAGAAUAGUAUUUCAAUUAAGAAAACUAAUCAUUCCAUAAAAUGAACAUAUUUACUUUUUAUUAAUCAAUCAUAUACUAUUAACGUAAACGCACAAAUUCAUCGUUAGUGUAAACUUGCUAUCUAGUGUACAUACCUUUACAAAAUCAAUGUAAUAAUCGAAUUAAUAUGUGUAUUUUGAGACCAUGCUAUUUCUACAUUACAAAUACACAUUCCGCGAACUACGUAAUGGAUGAAACUUUUUUAGAACUAUUUUUGGAUGAAAUUAAAUUUCAUAUGAUUUAGUACAGAUUUGAUGAACGUGCGACUUAUUGAUUAAUCGAUCAAUAUACAAAGCUUUCCCUUUUUCGUUAUUUUAAUAUUUUCGAAAUGAACCGACAUUUUGCUUUCGCAAAAAAGGAGAAAUUAUUUUUCCAUUUACUUUUUUUUUUAUCUUCUAUAUCAUAGUUGACCUUCUUCUCUAUUUUUCUUUUUUUUUUUUUAUAUACAUAUAUAA